AUGCUUUUAAAGGUGGUGAUAACGCUCAUUGUCAGUGUGCUGGCCGUUGUGAAUGGCUUCUUCUGUACACCUGCAAAUGUCACAGUUGAUGCGACUUUCCUGUGCGCUAAUCAAGCGGUUGCAAAUGCACUAGUUGAAUUGCUAGAACAUGACCUAUUCGAUCCGGACGAUGUUCUGAGUGCAGAAAAAACAAGCGCUAAUGGUAAUGUGAUACUUGUUGGUGAAGAAUGCGAGAUUGGUCGAAUCGAGCCGUAUUUGAUGAUAACGCAUCACUGUUAUACCGGAAAAAUCCGAAAUGAGUGUACGGUGGUAGAUCUAAUUGAAGUACCUCAAGAAUAUAUUGGUAAAGUCUACAGAGUUACCGGAUAUUAUCUGGACAAGCACAAGCCACACUAUUCAGUAAAGUGUUAA